AUGUCGUCGAAAAAUAGCAUAGACUCUGCACCAAGCAUUGACAAAAAUGAAAAAAGUGGAAUUGAAAAAGAAUGCGGUAAUGAAAAUAAUGAACAAAAUGGUAGCUUGAAUCAUGAAAAACCGUGGUAUGACAAACAAAUUGUGUCGUGGAUUCCUGCUUUUUCCUAUUCGACCUCACAGAUAGUUCUUCUUUCAUUCGUUUGUUUCAUGUCAACUGGAUUGUACAACAGUCUUUCAGGGCUUGGAGGAGCCGGAAUUGACGACAUUGGCGUCGCCAACAAUGCCAAUGUGGCUUUGUAUUGUACUUUCGCAACGGUGGGUUUUUUUGCUGGAACAAUUUGCAACACUUUGGGAAUAAAAUUCUGCUUGGCUUUUGGAGCCUCGGGUUACACGUUGUACAGUGGCAGUUUACUAUGUUGGAACAAGACCUCCAACGCUGGAUUUGUCAUUUUCUCAGGUGCAUUGUUGGGAGUAUGUGCUGCUUGUCUCUGGGCAGCCCAAGGAACCAUUAUCAUGAGUUAUCCACCGGAGCAUCGAAAAGGAAGAGCCAUUAUGAUUUUCUGGAUCAUUUUCAACAUGGGAGCUGUCAUCGGUCUGAUCAUCUCGUUGGCAAACAAUAUUCAUAGCGUGCAAACUCUGGUGAGCGAUACCACAUUUGCUAUAUUUAUUGCGUUGAUGGGCUUGGGAAUUGUACUUGCGCUUUUCUUGCUCCCGAUUCAUCUUGUUUGGAAGGAUCGUGUGGGUGGACAAAGAGUGUAUGUUAAAGAAUAUCCCAACUGGAAAAAAGAGUUGGUUCAAUUGUUCAGGACUCUUUAUCGAGAGCCACGGGUGUUCUUGGUGUUCCCCAUGUGCUUUGCUUCUAACUGGUUUUACACCUACCAAUUCAACGACGUCAAUGCGGGAAGAUUCAACAUACGGACGAGAUCUCUCAACUCGUUACUCUACUGGAUUAUGCAGCUGGUGGGUGCAAUUUUGUUUGGAGGACUUUUGGACUGGAAAAGAUUCGACAGAAAAACCAGAGCCAAACUAGGAUGGGCAGCGCUAUUCAUUCUUACUAUGGCAAUCUGGGGAGCUGGUUUGAAGUUUCAGCUUCUGUUCACUCGCGAGUCUGUUAAAGAAAUGAAAGCAAUUGACUUUACUGACUCCAACUACGUGGGACCUGUGAUCUUAUAUGUCUUCUAUGGCAUAUAUGAUGCCGUGUGGCAGACCUACAUCUACUAUCUUCUCGGAGCAUUGUCCAACAGUCCCAAGAAAGCUGCCCUCUACGGCUCAAUGUAUAAGGGUAUCCAGAGCGCCGGUGCAGCCAUUGCUUGGAGACUAGACUACUAUGAGAUUCCAUACUUGAAUAUGUUUGGAAGUUGCUGGGGACUUCUUGGCGGAUCGUUGCUCAUUGCAGCACCUCUUGUGUUUUACCAAAUCGAAAAUCAUACAUCUGAGGAAGACGAUGAUAUUAAUUUGACAUUAACGGUUGCAAAAUCGGAGUCAAGCCAUCUCGAACGAGCGGCUUGA